GGCAGGCAAGCGCUUGGCAGACCCUCCUCUAAAGGGAGUUGAUUUCCUGCCGCUCUGGGUCAUCAGUGCUGGGUUGAGUCAGUGCCGCACAUUCAGGCGCUGCGAGUUCCUCUCCAGCACAUCCCCUUGGCGGAGGAGCCGGGACACGACCAGCCGCAGCCUCCAGGUCUGCCCGGGGUCCCUGCUUCCUUCUCUGCCACCGACAGCUCGGGAACUGCCCCAAGGCUGGAGUGGAGCAGAUCCCCCUUCCUCCGCCUGCCUGCCCUCAGUCCCAUCGUGUGGCCGUGCAGCCCGUCGAGGCUCUCUGGGGCCAGGCCGCUGCCUCUGGACACGGGCUAAGAGGAGCCAGGACGCGCCGCCGGAGCGGGAGGCAGCGUUCCCACGCCAUGCAGACUCUCCUGGGCCUCGCCGCGCUGCUGCUCUGUUGCUCGCACGCCUGCACAAAUCCAGUGAGUACUGGUGCCUGCACCCUACGGCCAAUCGGCCUAAAUUCGGAUGUUCAAGUGUCUUACACAACAAGCAGGACUAUCAGAGGAUGCGUGAGCAACAGCACUGUGGGGAAAGACCGGGAAGUCCACGUCCUCAAUGUGAAAAGCUUGACAAAGGAUCCGUUCCUGCACCUGAGCGUGUCCCUGGAAAGAAAGGCCCCCGAGAGGAAGGUGGUGUUGGCGAUCUACUCCAGCAAGUCUGGGGCCGUGUCUCUUCAUUCCUGGCCUUUUAAGGAGUCCUCCAGACAGGACUCAAAACAAAAUGGCAUAGUCCGUGCCCAGGUGCUUAUCUUUGAAGACGGUACCGAAGCAAGACAAGAAAAUGCUCUUCUGUCCGACAACAGUGAAGAGCUCGUGAAAUGGGCAGUUACCACCUAUGGGGGCAUUACAUCCUACACCGAGCUGGAAAACCCCCGGCACAUCCUCUUCCGUCUGGGCGAAGAUGCCAGCAGCCCCCCUGACUGCCAUCCUCAAGCAGGCUUCAAUGCCCGGCACUACCUAGAGGCCGAGCUCUUGUCCAGUGAUGUUAAAACCUGCACCAGCAACGAGAUGAAGGAGAAGGAGGCUCAUAUCCUGUGGGUGCGGGGGCCAGAGGACCCCAGCUCAUGGGUCACGGAGGUGAACGUGGAUGUGAGCUGCCAAAAUGGAGAAGUGCCACAGAAUCUGCAAAGGAUGCUGAUCCUCCAAAGCCAGCCCAACAUGUCCUGGCUCCUCAGCCUACAGCAGGACAUGCAGAUUAUGGCAUCUGGGAAUUACACCCUCAAAGCCAUUCCAAUCAAAGUUGCUGGAAACAACCUUCCCAACACGGAGCAGGGCUUGAUCAACAGGGUCCUGGAGAUGAACUACAGCAUCAUAGCCUCGUACCUGGACAUCCCUUCUGCUAGUAAUGUGACCAUUCGGAUACAGAAAUGUGCACCGAAUGAUGUGAUCUCAACAACAACAGCAACUGGACAGAGUGUCAGCCUUGAAUCAAAGAUCCGCUCAGAGCUCAACCUGAUGAAGCCAUGGAAGUGUACGAAUGACUCCAUUGAGAUAGCCAUACCCAGCUAUCUCAUACCUGGUUUAAAUCUGCCCAUCAAUGAAGUUACGCUGCAGGACUCCAGUUGCAAAGCUACAAACAACGGGUCCCAGUUUGUGCUGAUGAGCCUUCUGGAGAAAUGCUCCACUGUGGUGAAGGAUGGGAUCCACGUCACAGACGAGCUGAUCCUGACACUGGUUUCUCCUCCACAGAAAAUUCAGGUACCUUUUGUGUGCCAAAUCCCUGUCCAGGACCGAGAGAUGUCUCUGCAGCUCUUCCACAACCCAGAAUUCACACCGCCUUCCACUACCGUGCUGGAAACCAACAAAGUGGCCUAUGUCCAGGUGCAACUUUGGAUGAAGGACAAGCCGGAGCUGGAGCAACUGGAGUGUCAGCUGGAGCUGGCUGGGCAGGAGCCUCUGCUCCUGGUCAAAGACAACAAUCCCUGUGACCCCACAGUGAAAAUCUUACAGCCGCCAGAGCCCACUCUGGACAGAAAGGCCCAGCGCUUCAGCUUCAUCUACAGCCCUGGAGAGGACCAGCGGGCUCCCCCGACUGCCAGCCUUCUCUGCAGAAUUGCCCUGCAGUACAGCUUUGGGAACAGCACUGUCUUGAAAAAGGCUUUGAAGAUGACGCUGCAGGACUCCAAAUUCCCUCCCCAGAAUCCAGGUCUAGGGAUGGGAGCAGUUCUGGGCAUCACCUUCGGAGCCUUCCUGAUCGGCGCUCUGCUCACCGCCGCGCUCUGGUACAUUUAUUCUCACACCCGUCCCACAGCCAAAAUGCAGCCAGUCUCUGUGAACCCACCUGCCUCCGAAAGCAGCAGCACCAGCCACAGCAUUGGCAGCACCCAGAGCACACCAUGCUCCAACAGCAGCAUGGCAUAGCCAGCAGCCUGCAGGGACCCCCUGCCCAGGAGGGGCUGGCAGGGGAUCCCCCCACCAUGGACCACACCAGAGCCCCGACCAGCUGAGACCCCUGAGCCGGGCAGCAGGGAACUCUAGGGACCAAGAGACUGAGGAGCUGUGGUUUACUGCCCAUCCCACCACCUGCCGCUGGGAGAAGCUGCUGAAAUCAACCCCCCCCUACCCCCAGACAACCCUGGAGCGGCAGGUGGCCCAUCAGAGCACCACCAAAAGAAGGAAGCUACCAACGGCACAUGCAGGGCUUGGCUGGAAGUCCAGGUUGGGCUGCCAGCGCUGUCCGCAGGCUCUAAAUGUGCUCCUGGAGCCUCCAGGCCAGCUCUCCCCUUGCCCUGAGACUGGUCCUUUAGGCUAGUGGUGAACCCAGCUCAGUGCCACUGCCCAGCCCCUGUCCCAAGAGCACUGACUGGUGCUCACUUGCUGCCCUGGGCUAGCUCUGAAGUCACAAAGCAGAAGAGACGGGCUCCAUUGUGGUGGCCCUGCCCCACCUCCCUCGAUGACCUUGUCUGCACAGCCUGGCUGUGCAUUCAGCUCAUGCAGUCAUUGAAUGGUUAUGUUUGCUCCCCAGAGCCCCUGCACCACCCUGAGCCCUGCCCUUCCUCAGGGAACAGCCUGGCACAAAGUGAGCUCAGGAGCCAGCAUUUCGGUCAAGCAGAAACACCCCAAGAAUUGUCCUGACUACUCCCUUUGCCAACCCACAGCGACAACCAAAGUACGCCAGCCCCCAAGCCCCACACACCUGCAGGGGAGGCAGCAGGGGCUGGCACAGCUCUGGUGGAGGCAGGGGGAAGACAUUCCUGCCCAGCCCUGGAAGAAGAUGCUAGGGCUGGGGGCAAAGCACCUCAGUUCCCAGCCAGGCUCACGGCCCUGCAUCUGUGGCUGGGACUGAGAAAGAAGGGUAUGGGCUUGGCCACAGGAAGUCCUGGACCUCUGGGGAUCUGACAUCCCCCCAUAGCUACUGUAUGUAUAUAAAUAUAUAUAUAGAAACCUAUCCAGCGUAUACAGCAGGCAUGCUGUGCGUUAGCCUCAGCAUAGUCUUGUCAGUUAGCAAUGUAAGACUCACCCGUGUAACAGGUUUGGGUUUUUUUGUCCUCUCCAAAUGCCUCAGGCCCCUGAGCAGGGGCUGGCAUCUCGGGAAGGACAGGAGAAAAGCUAUGUCCAAACCAAUUGAGCAAAUAUAGCGAAGUGUGGCAGACAGCCCUAGCACCAGGCUUGGGCAGGGGGGAAAGGGAAGUGUGGAACGGGGCAGCAGGCAUACCUCAGGGCCGAGAUGAGAACUGAGCCACUGCAACAGAAAAUGGUGCCACCAGGGUUCGUUGCUCUUUAAGUGGCCGGCCGUGGCUCCAGACUGGGCCGUCAUGGCUGUGUGCCAGAUACCCAAAUCAGAAACGUGCAGUCUGAAGGUGGGAUUUGAGCUGUUGACCAAGGAGGUGACAUGGGACUUGGAGCAGUUGGCAGCGAGUUAUGGGCUCUUGGCCUCGAAAUAUGGCUCCACCUUGGUCUCAAGCCCUUGCCUCAUGGCAGGGGUGGCCACGCUAGGGCAGCCUAGGCCGUUAAGUCCAAAGCUGGCCAAGGAACCCUGUCCCCGUGGGAGGGAGCGUGUCUGAGCCCAGGCAGCUCCGCCGCUUACAGCUCCGAUUCGGUCAAUGCCACAUUCGCGCUGCACUAGGCUGCCACUGUUCCUGGAUACAGGUAGCUCUUGUUGGGUUACCAGUGCCUGGUCCCAGCCCUGCAGAGCCCCUUUCAGCUGUGGAGGAAGUCCAUGGAAAGGCUGCAACCAGCACCUCCACUUUUGUUCUUAUUUAUGGCUUCCGUCCCAGCCUGGCCCUGCGUGUGCUGAAGCCCCCAGUUCAGCCCAGAUGGAAGAAGCCCAGAUGGAAGGGCCCAGGGGACCUAUCCUUGCCAAGGCACAAGGGGAACAAACUCCGUGCGAGAGGAAGAUGCUUUGUUUGGCUUCUCUUUGCAUUGCGCAAGGGCAGCUGUGCAAACAGCAAUCAAGACAGCUCAGGCCAGGCCUCCCGCCUGGAGCAGCAGCACCGGACAAGCAAAGCCAGUUCAAGUCCCCUGUGACUAGCUUCUGGCUUCACAAAGGCCUCUGGCAGGCAACUCGCAAGCUGCAAGCAAUGGUGAUUUCAGGCCAUCAGCUAAAGCUGAUGGGGGAAGGCACCCAAGUAGCCUUCCCCCAACCCCCAGGAGAAUGGCAUGUGUGUUAACAACUGCUCACUAAGGGCUCCCCCCGGGCCAGAGGCUGAGAUGCUGGUGAGUGGCACAGCAACAAGCCUCCUCGGGUCCCAGAGGCACCAUCUGCCAAAGAAAGGCCAAUUGCUCCAAACUGGAGCUAGGGGCUGAGCACAAGCGGCCUCGCUCGAUCCAUCAGGCCCAGGGGCUGGAAGCUGCUCCUUGGGGAUCUCACAGAAGGGGGUGAUGCUACAGGGCUUGUUUGGAGCUGCUGGUCCCAGCCCCCCAGCUCUGCGCUCUGUGCUUGUGCCUAACCGUCCCAUCAGCCCCUGCCCUCAGCCAUCCACGUGGCAGCCUAAUGGCCCCUCUGGUGUUGCAGGGGGGCAAGGCAAACCAGAGCCCACAAGGUAGCAACCUCCUUGCCUAGCACAUAACCUAGAGGAGAGCAGGGAAAGAUCAGGCCAGAGCUGCCUGUGGCUGGGGCCAUCUCACCUGCAGGGAGCAAGCAGGAAAUAAGGACAGUGUAUCAUCCUCUACCCUGCACCCACCUUGUCUACAUAGCCUGUGCGCUCCUUGGGGCAGGGCUUGUCUGCUGCUGUCUGCACUGCCCCUGGCCAGCGGGGCUGGACGUGCUCGGGUCUCGAGCACCACCGUAAUAAAUACAAUUCAUAACA